GGGGGGGUCAUGCUCUCCUCAAGGAUACCUGGGUGGGGGCUGGAGUGAGCAGCCGGGAAUCCUGUCCAAAAUCCAGGAGUCAGGACAGUGCUGUGGGCCAUGGGGAAGGGAUGAUGGGGGUUAAAGCAUCACCCCACAACGUGGUUCCCCAGGCCAGCGCCUGCCCCAGCAAGCAGGGCACGCUGUGCUUCGUGGACCUGGCUGGCAGCGAGCGGGUGAAGGAGACUGGCUCCAGCGGGGAGCUCUCCGUGGAGGCCAACAGCAUCAACCGCAGCCUCCUGGCGCUGGGACACUGCAUCUCCCUGCUGGCCAAAUCCCGAGGGAAGCGAACGCACAUCCCCUACCGGGACAGCAAGCUCACCCGGCUGCUGGCUCGCUCCCUGGGCGGCUCGGGCAUCACCCUGAUGGUCGCCUGCAUCUCCCCGUCCUCACACUGCCUCUCAGAGACCCUGAGCACUCUGCACUACGCCAGCCGUGCCCGCAGGGUCACCACCAGGCCCCUGGCCAACAGGGUGUCCCGGGAGAAGCUGCUGCAAACCUUGGAGCGAGAAAUCCAUGCCCUGCAGCUGGAAAACCUCUCCCUGCGCCAGCAGCUGAGCCUGCCCAGAGUGCCAGUGAGGGGCACGGAGGUGGCAGGGAACCCUCCAAAGGCAUGGGCAGGCUCUGGGGACAGGCACGGCCCUGCAGGGCAGCUCCCACCAGAGGGAACCCCGGCCUGGCCCAGCCUCUACGGCCUCCUGCGGGACUUUGUGGUGGAGAACGAGCAGAUGAGGCAUCCCCAUCUGUCCCCACACCUCAGCGGUGACAUCCCAGCUGGCCCGUCCCACAGAGGCACCCGCAGCUCCUGUGACAGCCAGCCCCUGCUCCGGAGUGCCCGCAGCCUGCACGUCCCCCAGAGGCUCCCGGCGAGGCAGCGGCGGCCUGAAACCACACCCAGCUCCGUGCCCCGGCUGCCGAAGCUCCCUUCUGCCUCCAGCCACCCCAGCUGCCCACAGUGCUGCCCUGUGCCAGCUGAUGCCACCAUGUUCCAGGUGCUGCCAGUGCCCACUGUGCCACAGCCAGUGCCCCCUGAGGGAAGUGCUGGACAGGAGGACACAGCUCUGCCUGGCUCCCAUCACCCCCAGCCACACCAGAGGCAGAGGAGCCGUGGCAGGAGCAGGAGUUUGUCUCAGCAGCACCCGCUGCAGAGGGAGCUGCCCGGCCCUGAGCACGUCCCCAGCCCCGAGGGAAGGGUCAUCCCUUCAGCACCCCCAUGGCCAGGCCUGCCAGAGCCCAGAGCUGCUGGCACCGUCCCUCUCCUGCAGUGGGAAGAGGCACUGGCCUGGCUGGCAGAGCAGAUCUGAGCUGCCACAGCACACCAUGGAUGGGGCC